UUCUCAUUUCUCUCUUCUUCUUUCUUCACCUUUCUUUUUCACUCUCCGGACUCUCCUCAGUCCUCAGUACUCUCUCAGUCUCCGGCGCUUAAAAUCUUGCAUUCUCCCGUCGUUUACUCCGUUCAGAAUGAGUUCUAGGGCUGGUCCAAUGUCUAAGGGGAAGAACGUUUCUCAGGGUGGUUCUAGGCCUGAGGUUGAACAGUUGGCUCAAGGUUUGGCAGCGACGAAACUGGCUCCUUCACAAGAUGAUGGUGGAGAAUGGGAGGUCAUUUCCAAGAAGAACAAGAACAAACCUGGUAACACUUCUUCUGGAAAAGCUUGGGUUCCUCAGAAUUCGAACCCUCCUAGAGCUUGGGGUGGUCAGCAACAAGGUAGAGGUAAUAACGUGUCUGGGAGAGGUAAUGGCAAUGGUGGUCGGGGAACUCAAGCUACUGAUCACAGGGUCUCUGGUCGGGGACGAGGUUUGAACAAAAAGUAUGAUAACUAUGUGGCUCCUGUUGCACCUGUAACCCGCCCUCCUUUGGAAGGAGGAUGGAAUUGGCAGGCACGAGGUGGUUCUGCUCAGCACACUGUUGCGGAGGAGGUUCCAAACAUGGAGGAUGAUCUUGAUAAUGCUUCUGAGGAAGAGAAUGAUUCUGAUGCUUUGGAUGAUUCUGAUGAUGACCUUGUGAGUGAUGACUAUGACUCUGAUGUCAGUCAAAAGAGCCAUGGAUCACGGAAGCAGAAUAAGUGGUUCAAAAAGUUCUUUGACAGCUUGGAUAGCUUGUCCGUCGAGCAGAUUAAUGAACCACAGAGGCAGUGGCAUUGCCCAGCUUGUCAGGGUGGACCUGGCGCCAUCGACUGGUAUAACCUACAGCCACUGGUAGCUCAUGCGAGGACUAAGGGAGCUAGGCGAGUUAAGCUCCAUAGAGAAUUUGCUCAAGUUCUUGACAUGGAUCUACAGAUGAGAGGAGCAUCUGUCAUCCCCUCUGGUGAGAUUUAUGGGCAGUGGAAGGGUUUGGGUCAGGAGGAAAAGGAUCAUGAAAUUGUCUGGCCUCCAAUGGUCAUCAUCAUGAAUACUAGACUGGACAAGGACGAUAAUGAUAAGUGGCUCGGGAUGGGCAACCAAGAGCUGUUGGAAUACUUCGAAAAGUACGACGCUAUUAGAGCACGCCAUUCCUAUGGUCCACAGGGUCAUCGUGGGAUGAGUGUUCUGAUGUUUGAGAGCAGUGCCACUGGCUAUGUGGAGGCCGAACGCCUUCACAGGGAGUUGGCUGAGCGAGGCUUAGAUAGAGACGCCUGGUCCCGUCGGCGAGGUCUGUUUUCUGGAGGUGUUCGCCAACUGUAUGGCUUCCUUGCAACCAAGCAAGAUCUGGAAAUAUUCAAUCAACACUCUCAAGGUAAAACGAGGCUGAAAUUCGAGAUGAGAUCCUACCAAGAGAUGGUUGUGAAGGACCUGAGGCAGAUUGCUGAGGACAAUCAGCAGCUGAACUAUUUUAAGAACAAGCUUUCAAAACAGAACAGGCACGCCAAGGUGCUUGAGGAAUCUCUGGAAAUUAUGAGCGAGAAGCUGCGUAAAACUGCAGAGGAUAAUCGUAUCGUGAGACAGAGAACAAAGAUGCAGCAUGAACAAAACAGAGAAGAGAUGGAUGCACAAGACCGGUUUUUCAAAGACUCAAUCAAGCAGAUACAUGAGAAAAGAGACGCAAAAGAGGAAAAUUUCGAGAUGUUGCAGCAGCAGGAACGUGCUAAGGUUGUUGACCAGCAGGAGAAGAAUAUGAAUCGCUCUAGCAACGAUGAUUGCCGAAAGAGAGCUGAGGAGGUGUCAAGCUUCAUCGAGUUUCAAGAGAACAAGAUGGAAGAGUUUGUGGAGGAGAGGGAGAUGCUGAUCAAAGAGCAAGAGAAGAAGAUGGCAGAGACGAAGAGAAGGCAUUACGAGGAGAUACUUGAUCUGGAGAAAGAGUUUGAUGAGGCUUUGGAACAGCUCAUGGACAAGCAUGGCCUUCACAAUGCAGAUGACUGAGACAAGGUCUCUACAAACAAAGACAAGACUAAGUUUCUUGCUUUGGUUUUCUUAUGUCGGAAAAUAGGAGAUUUGAGAGAGACUCCCAUCUUAAUAGGACUAAGUUUAAGGAGAUAUAAUAGACUGUUAUUAGUAUUAUUCUCCAAUUUUUACUAGACGGAUCUUAAGGAAGCAUUAAGUUCUUGGUAACAAAACCAAGUUUCUUAGUA